UUUAGGGGGAAAAGAUGUAAAAGCCCAAGUAGAGUUAAAACCGCCGCUCUCUUGUCGGAGAUUCCAGAGUGAAUUGGGAAUCGCUCUCUCCAACUAUCUUGGAACCCUAAUUCAACAACACUCUCCGUCCUUUCCCUCUCGCAUCCCAGACAAAUGGCGACAGAAGCUGCCACAACACCCGACCUCCGCCCCAUCCCACAACCACCCGAUUUCCAUCCAACCGUCCUCAUCCCAUCUCAAAACGACAAACUCCGCUUCUGGCACCUCAUGGUCGCCGGCUCGAUAGCCGGCUCCGUCGAACACAUGUCCAUGUUCCCAGUCGACACGAUCAAAACCCACAUGCAAACCAUCCGCUCCUGCCCCAUCAAACCCGUCGGCAUCACCCAAGCUUUCCGCUCCAUCAUCAAAACGGAAGGCCCGUCAGCUCUCUACCGAGGCAUUUGGGCCAUGGGCCUCGGCGCCGGCCCGGCUCACGCCGUCUACUUCUCCUUCUACGAAGUCUCCAAGAAAUAUCUCUCCGGCGGGAACCCCAACAACUCUUUGGCUCACGCGGUUUCCGGCGCGCUCGCCACCGUGGCGAGCGACGCCGUGUUUACUCCGAUGGAUGUGGUUAAGCAGAGGCUGCAGAUCGGGAAGGGGAUGUACGGAGGGGUUUGGGAUUGUGUGAAGAGGGUGAUGAGGGAGGAAGGGUUUGGUGCUUUUUAUGCUUCUUAUAGGACGACUGUGCUUAUGAAUGCUCCGUUUACCGCUGUUCAUUUCGCGACUUACGAGGCGGUUAAGAGGGGGUUGAGGGAGAUUUCUCCGGAGUUUGUUGGUGGCGGAGGAGAGGAGGAGGAAGGUUUGUUGGUGUAUGCUACUGCUGGAGCUGCUGCUGGUGGCUUGGCUGCUGUUUUAACCACGCCGCUUGAUGUUGUCAAGACGCAGUUGCAAUGUCAGGGUGUGUGCGGUUGUGACCGUUUCAAGAGCGGUUCUAUAAGCGAUGUGUUUCGCACGAUCAUUAAGAAAGAUGGGUAUAGAGGACUUGCUAGAGGAUGGCUACCAAGAAUGCUCUUCCAUGCUCCAGCUGCUGCUAUCUGCUGGUCCACUUACGAAACUGUCAAAUCAUUCUUUCAUGAUGUCAAUGGCGCGCCUUGAAGAAGACCAUACACAACAUAGCGCUGCUGUUCUUAGUGUUAGACACACUAGGCUCGUUAGAGAGAUCUCUGUUUGUAUACUGAUCGGUUUUCAUGCAAUAAUGUUGUCUGAUUUGCUUUCGUCGUUUAGAAAAUUUUGUAUUUUAAAUUUGUUUUGAUGAGAUAAUACUAAAAGGAAUAGAUGAGCUUUAAAGAAGUCAA